CACCACCACCACCACCGCCCUCCUCCUGCUCCUCCUCCCCGUUCCCUGUUCCUGAGCACGGCGCGCGCGCCACCUAUAAAUCCGCGCGCUCGCCCUCGCCACCUUCUCCAAUCCAACAACCACUGCGGCUAACUGCCUCGCCUCGCCUCGCCUCCAGCAGUCUAGACUCUAGAUAGCUAGCUCAGCUCGUCCUAGGCAGCCAGGUAUAGUAGCUUGCUGGAUCCCCGCGACAGCGACCGCGCACGCCGUCGCACACCUCGGCCUGCCUGCGCGCGUGUAUAUAAGCGCGCCCGGUGAUCCAAGGCUCACCCAUUCCGCUCACAGCGCAGUAAUCUCAACUUCUCGAGUUAGUAGUUCGAGGAUCCAGGAUUAAGCUCAUCAGCUAGUCCUACCGGCUGCGCUAAUGGAGGUCGCCGCCAGGACCGCCAUUGCUCUUCUCCUGGCGCUCGCCGUCCUCUGCGGCGGCGCCCAGGGCCGCCACCACCGCCACACCAAGCACACCAGGCACAACUCCGCGCACGCGCACGCGCCUUCCCACUCCCAGGCUCCGGGCCCGUCGAGCGCGAGGCGGCACGCGCGGCCCGUCUCUCCCCCGGCCCCGCCUCCGUCGUCGUACCCGGCGCCCGAGCCGGCGCCGGAGCCCGCGUCGGGCGGGGCGGCGGCCGUGUACGACGUCGUGAAGGACUUCGGCGCCGUCGGGGACGGUGUGGCGGACGACACCGACGCCAUCAAGACGGCGUGGGACACCGCGUGCGCGGACGACGGGGACGGCGUCGUGCUCGCCAGGGCCGGCUACUCCUUCCUCGUGCACACCACCGUCUUCACCGGCCCGUGCCAGGGCAGCGUCACCAUCCAGCUCGACGGGACGAUGGUGGCGCCGAGCGACCCCGACAAGUGGCCCGCCAACAACAAGCGCAACUGGCUCGUGUUCUACAACGCCCACGGCACGACGCUGCGCGGCGCCGGGCUCAUCGACGGCAAGGGCCAGAACUGGUGGGAGCUCCCCUGCAAGGUCCACAAGGGCCAGGGCGGAUCAAGCGGCCACGGAACAUCCUGUGACAGCCCAGUGAUGCUGAGGUUCUUCACGAGCAACAACGUGACGGUGCAGGGCCUCAAGGUGCAGAACAGCCCGGAGUUCCACUUCCGGUUCGACAGCUGCCGCGGCGUGCACGUGAGCGGGCUGUCCAUCAGCUCCCCGCAGGGGAGCCCCAACACGGACGGCAUCCACGUCGAGAACACCCAGGACGUGCUCAUCACCGACACCGCCGUCUCCAACGGCGACGACUGCGUCUCCAUCGGCGCCGGCACCCUCAACGUGCACAUCGAGAACGUCACCUGCGGCCUGGGCCACGGCAUCAGCAUCGGGAGCCUGGGGAAGCAGGGCACCCGGGCGUGCGUCGCCAACAUCACCGUGCGCAACGCCGUGAUCCGCCACUCGGACAACGGGGUCCGGAUCAAGACGUGGCAGGGCGGGUCGGGCUCCGUGUCGUCGGUGUCGUUCGAGAACGUGCGCAUGGACGCCGUGCGCAACCCCAUCAUCAUCGACCAGUACUACUGCCUCUCCAAGAGCUGCGAGAACGCCACCACCGCCGUCUUCGUCUCCGGCGUCUCCUACGCCGGCAUCCGGGGAACCUACGACGCCCGCAGCGCGCCCAUCCACUUCGGUUGCAGCGACGCCGUGCCCUGCACCAACAUCACGCUCUCCGACGUCGAGCUGCUCCCGGCGUCGGGGCAGACGGUCGACGACCCAUUCUGCUGGAACGUCUACGGCAACGCCACCACGCCCACGGUGCCGCCGGUGGCGUGCCUCAUGGAUGGCGUGCCAGGGAACUACGCCGACCACACCAGCCUCAAAUGCUACUGAUGAUACUAUAGUGAUCGGCCGACAAUAGCUGCUACUUCUUGUUUAGCGAGGAAGGGAAAAAACGAGACAGAGAAAAGUAAUUAAGAUUAGUGCAGAUAAAAAAAGAAGGUUAAAGCGUGAUUACAUAUUAUGUAUAUAUAGAAAAAGGAUGAAAGUAUGAUACUCUUAGCAACAGGUGAUUUGUGUGAGAAUUACCGGAAUGUAUACACAGUAUGUAUAGAAUGCUUUGGUGCCAUGCAUAUUGGACACUUGCCGCACAUGCAUGGCUCUAGUGUGUGUGUUUUUUACCACGGCUAGGAUGCUGUAUGCAAAUGUUUCCGUAGCAAUAACCUCUCUUCGUGUGCA